ACCGCAGGGUAUCAAAACCUCGAGAAAGGAUGAGCUUUAAGAAUAGGCGAAGACAAUUUGGAGGCUUUGCCCAAUUCAACACUCAAAAAAGGGAAUAAUUUUCGUAUCCAUUCAAUCUUUCUGCCGCUGACCAUUCUUUCCCGAGGGCAUUAUGGAUGCGAGAUUUGGGCUUUUGUUCCUCUUCAUGUUGGGUGCUACUUGGGCAUGUAACGCCCGACAACUAGAAGUUGUUGAGAUAGAAAUCUCGGAUCCAUCAGUUGUCCAGGUAAACUGGAGGCAAGAUGAAAAAGUGAUAGAAACGGUUGCUCGGAACGACAACGUGUGCACCUUGUGUGAGCAAUUUACUACUGAGGCAGUUGAUUACCUUUCACAGAAUAAAACGCAGACUGAGAUAAUUGAGAUUCUUCACAAAAGUUGCUCCCGUUUACGAGCUGUUGAGCCCCAGUGCAUUACACUUGUGGACUACUAUGCACCUCUCUUCUUCUUGGAAAUAUCUUCGGUACAACCUCAAGAUUUCUGUACAAAGUUCAACCUUUGUCAAAAAGUUGCACUUAUAUCUUCACAAUUCCGCGAAGAUAGUUGUAGCAUGUGCCACCGUGCUAUUUCCGAAGUACUAAUGAAGUUGCAAGAUCCCGAUACAAAGUUGGAGAUACUCGAGCUUCUUUUGAAAGGAUGUAAUUCAGUGCAGAACUAUGUGCAAAAGUGUAAGCGGUUGGUUUUCGAGUAUGGGCCAUUGAUCCUCGCAAAUGCCGAGCACUUCUUGGAAACUACCGAUGUUUGCACCAUACUUCAUGCCUGUGAUGGUGGAAAGCAAGAAUCAGUGGCAGAUUCUUGAUUUUAUUUUAUGAAAACCACAAAGGAUAUUUUGUUGUAAUAUAGUGUAUAUAUAUAAACGUAAAACAUUUUAAUCCCAGGUUUGCAAAUUGUGUGUUGAACGAAUUAUAAAUAUUGAAAAUGUUAUGUAUUUGCUCGAAUUUGAGCUUGACUUGAAA